AUGUCGGACACACCCCUCGUGCCCGAGGUCCAGCCAUCCACCUCCUCUCCCCCUCUCACCCCUGCUCCCGCCGAAGUCGUCGAGCAGACUGCCUCUCCACUCCUCGCGGAACCUAUCCCCUCCGCCUCCCUCGCUCCCCAUUCCGCCGCAAACCGCAAGCCCACUUCCUCAUCAUCCACCGUCCCCGUCCACCCCGUCUCCACACGCCUCAAGGCACGCACCAAGUCAACGGGUACCGGCCCAUCCAUAGAUCCCCAACCAGCCAUGGGAAUUACCGAGUCGAUAGCCUCGGCGCCCGCCCCCCGGCUCAACGACUUUUCGUACGACCCCAACGCGGUCGACUAUGAGAUUGAUAUCGAGGCGGCUUUGGAGCGCGCGGCGAAGGAUGAGGAUAUGCCGGGGAGCCCCACGUCAAAGAUUAUGCGGGCGAUCGCGCCUCCUCAGGCGGGUAUGGUGGAUGUCAGAUGGCCAGCUCCACCACCAAAUGCUUCGGUAAACCUCUUUAUCGGUCGCGCAUUGCUUGCGAACGGGAAUGACAAUUGGCCAUUGAAACCAAACGAGAUUGUCAAUUGGAUACGCAAACACUAUCCGGGCGAGUGGGACGGGGACGAGGGCCGCUGCUCUGCCCAUCGCGUACGGACGUAUCUCGCCCGGAAAGGUACCGACAUGUACUAUGAAAAGCUCGCGCAAACGACCAUCUCGGGCUGGCGGAUCCGGCAAAACCAUCUCUGGCGGUUCGAGAAUGGCGGGUUCCAAGGACGGGGGAUGAAGCAGGAGGAGGCGAUUAUGGAGAAGCAAAAGGAGCACGAGCUGGCCAUUACCGAUCGGCACAAGGCCGCGGCGGCCGAGGCGCUCGCUGCGGGUCAUCCAGGUGUCAAGACAAGUAUGAGUCUGCCCGGGACAUCGGACGGAUCGCCGGCGAUGAAGAAGGCGAGACUGAAGGGGACGGGACAAGGGGUGGGGCAGUCGAGAAAGCGGAAUAUGAAGCGGGAGGACGUGAACCAUAUCCUCGCGGGGCUGCAGCAGCAGGCGGCUCAGGAGGCGCAGGCGCAGGCUCAGGCCCAGGCGCAAGCCCAGGCAUUGCAGCUCCAACAAGAGGAGCAGCAACGACAAGAGGCGGAGCAGGAGCAACUUCAGCCACUCGAGCCGUACUAUCCUACAUCGUAUCAGCCCCUCUCGGGAUCCAGCCAACAUCCGGACGGAAUGGAGCAGGAACCUAUCGAUCCCAUCCUCUCUGCCGCGGUAGCCGCCGCGGGCGAGGUCGAUACCGGCACCGACGACCACGACCCCAACGAGAUUGACAUGAAUCUCGUUCAUCAGGCGAUGCAGGCGGCGGCGGGGCACAUUGACGAUCUGGACAUGGGGAUCCAGUUGCCGAUAGAGAUGCAGAUGGGCGAGGGGGAGCAUGAUCAUGAUCGCUCGGCGGGGCAGUAUUAUGAUCAGGCGUUCGGGUCGGCGCAGGGGUAUGGGAUGGGACUGGGGACGGGAGGCGCGGCGCAAGGGUACUGGGGAGAUGGCGGCUACGGGUACCAGGAGGGGCAGUAG